GAAACGUCAAAACUUCUCGUCUCCCGAGCAGAUGGCCCGCAAAGUUGUGUAAAACGCGAACGCAAAAUACUUUUGCCGAUAAUUUCCAUUCAAACAUUACGGAAAAUGUUUCAAAGAAACCUUCUGCAGUUAUCCCGUCUAGUCAAAGUUCACAAUUCUCAGGUUUGUUCGCUGGCGGCGGCGACCUUUGUGCGUCGAUAUUCGUUCAAUCAGAACUCGCAACUUCUGUGGCUCCGGCAGCAGCCGAAAGAAUCCUGCUGCAGCGGCGUUUCCACUCGUUUCCUGCAUUUGACACCGACAGUAUCAUGUACGAAAAGUGUAAACGAUCCUAAGGCGAAUAAUGCUCAAGUGGGAGCGCCGCAGCUUCUCUCGAAACUGUUCCCGCAAACUGCCGUGGAAACUGAUCUAGCCGAACAGGCUCAGGAGCAGAAGCGCAAAGAAGAAGAGGACGCCAAAAAGGAAAAGGAAUCGUCCUGGAAGCGGAUGAAGUUUGGCUUCGUCCUCUUUGGAGUAUCGGUAACAGCCUUCUCCGUCUACACGGUGUUCAUUUUUGGAGCACCAGAUCGUGAUCCGGAAGGUAACAUCAUCGAAGAUGAGUUCACUCAGCUGCCGUCGGUGCCACAAUACUUCAAACGUCUCUGGAAAUCGAUGACCUACUACCAAAAGAUGAUUCAGGAACCGUCGCGGGAAAAACUACUUCCUGACCCAUUGAAGUACCCGUACAUACAACCACCGUACACUUUGGUCCUCGAGAUGAAGGACGUUCUAGUGCAUCCCGACUGGACGUACCAAACCGGUUGGCGUUUCAAGAAACGUCCCGGAAUUGACAAAUUUCUCGAAUCGCUAGCCCGGCACUUUGAAAUUGUCAUUUACACUGCUGACCAGGGGAUGACCGUUUUUCCCAUCCUGGAUGCCCUCGAUCCUCACGGAUAUAUCAUGUAUCGCUUGGUGCGAGAUGCUACCCAUUUCGUCGACGGACAUCACGUGAAAAACUUGGACAAUCUCAACCGUGACCUUCGCAAGGUGAUUGUCAUCGAUUGGGAUCCGAACUCGACGAAACUGCAUCCGGAAAACACCUUCAAUAUUCCACGUUGGAGCGGAAACGACGACGAUACCACGCUGAUCGAUUUGAUCUCAUUCCUGAUGACGAUUGCCAACAGCGAAGUGGACGACGUACGCGAAGUGAUGACCCACUACAAGCAGUUUGAAAAUCCACUGGCACAGUUCCGCGAGAACCAGCGGCGUCUGGCGGAGCAGAUGGCCGAAAAGGAACAGGAGGAAAAGCAGCGGUCUAAGCCUGCCGUGGCCAAGUGGAAACCCAGUUUCCUGGGCGGCGCACGUUAGAUAAGACAGCAGUAGUGUUAGGGCUAGGUUGUUUUUCUUUUAUUUUUUUUUAUUUUUUUAUUUUUUUAGUUGUAAGAAUAACUCCAUUUGGAAUACCUUUGUAAAGCAAUGCGCCAGCCGUGAACGGUGGGAUAAUGCUAUCAAGUUACACGCUUACCUUUG